UGAAAGGAUGACUGAGGCGGUGAAAGAGUUUCUGGAGAGAAUGUGGCGUGCCAGAUGUACGAACAGUUACUGUAGAUGAUGCUGUUUGUUAUUUUUUUUCCCCUUCUACAGGAGUUGCCGAUCCAAAGGCCUGGCUUAAGAAUAAUCCCGAGCUACCUGUACCAUCAAGAUCAAGAUCGAGCGUCCAUAUCAGAUGACAGACCCUGAUGACAGCGUGGUGAGCGAGGAGGGGGAGUCAACCAGCAGAGUAGGGGAGCAUGACCCCUACUUUGAACCAGUGGUGACCUUGCUGGAGGUCUUCGUGGUUAGUGAUGAUGACCAGGAGGAGGAAAUGAUAAGACUGAGUUUCGAGGUCAGGCAGUACAAGCUGUUUCAUUAUCACACCUCUGAGUCGCCCCCACAGUGGAAGGAACGGGGCAUGGGGGCCAUUAGCAUUCUGAGGAACAAGCAGAAGAAGGCUGUGGAGUUUGUUCAGCGGCAGAAUUAAUGCCAGUGGCUGAGUUCAGAUCCUCCAAGACACACACACACACACACACACACACAGCAGCCCCUCCACCUCCCCACAGCCCUCCACAGCCCCUGACACAGCAUCUAACACAGCCCCUUCACAGAACACCACAUACCUCACACAUACAUAAGAACAUAAGAACAUAAGAAAUAAGGGAAGCUGCAAGAAGCGACCAGGCUUACACGUGGCAGUCCCUGUAUGAAAUAUACCUACCUAAUUCCAUCUGUUAUCCCCAUCCAUAAACUUGUUCUAAUCUUCUCUUAAAGCUCUCUAGUGUCCUAGCACUAACUACAUGAUUACUGAGUCCGUUCCACUCAUCUACCACUCUAUUUGAGAACAAAUUUUUUCCUAUCUCCUUCCUAAACCUAAAUUUUUCAAGCUUGUACCCGUUAUUUCUUGUUCUCCCCUGAUUGCUGAUCCUAAGAAUUUUGCCUACAUCCCCCUUGUUAUAACCCUUAUAUCACUCAAAGACUUCUAUCAGGUCCCCUCUUAACCUACAUAUCUCCAAAGAAUGUAAAUUUAACAGCUUCAACCUCGCCUCGUAAGGAAUACUCCUCAUUCCCCUGUAUCCUUUUAGUCAUUCUCCUCUGUACUGAUUCUAAUAGACCUAUAUCUUUCCUGUAAUGUGGGGACCAGAACUGCACAGCGUAGUCUAGAUGAGGUCUGACCAGCGCCAAGUAUAACUUUAAUAUUACUUCCGGCCUUCUACUUUUAACACUCCUAAAAAUCACACACACCACAAGAGCCUCACAAACAGUCUCACAGCCUUCACAAGCAGCCCCACACUCCACCACAGACACACCAGACCCACAGCCCUUUACCUCACCCACUUCCCAGCCCCCCACAGCCCCCCGGCCACCACAGAUGAAGUCAAAGGAAGGGACUGUGGCCUUCACCCCAGCCUGCCAGGACAGCUUACAGAGAGGGGGUAGUCCCAGUCAAGUCACAAAAUAUAGGCUUGGUUCUUCCUACAGUUUGAAGUCAAUGAUUGGACAGGCCAGACAACUUAGUGGCAGAGCUGAAGGUGGUCCUCGUCAGCUUCCUGGUGGCACAGGUGUAGGACGGCUGGGAGCAGUGGAGGUGCCUGAUGGGGCAGCUGUGCCGGGGAGAGGGGCUGCUACUGCUGCUGCUGCUGCUGCUGCUGCUGCUGCUGCUGGGGAGAGCCACACUUGUAUGACCCAUGGUUACUGACCUCGACUCAAACACCAUCAUGGCACUCUCUUCCCUGUUAAACUUGCCGGGAUCCAUUGUAAUGUAAGGGGUAUUGAAUGUGAGCGAUGAAACAAGAAGGUAGUGGCAAGGGGGAAAUGUACAGGGGAGCGCAGGAGAGACGCCUCUCUCCACUGUGCCUGACAGUCUCUCAGUGAUUGAAAGACUGAGCAUAACAUCUUCAGGGCACGUGGUAACACGGAGAGGAAGUGGAAGAAAGCUUGGAACGCUCCCAUAACUCAGGAGCAAGAGGUACACCAUACUGGAACCUUGUGACUGACAGGUGGCUGUGACUGCAGGAACCAAUUCAUAUCUCACUUGUGUUGGCUAACAUUCUGUCUGCAAUCAGUCCGGUAGUGCCAUGUUGCAGGCUCUGACGUCAGGAAGAGCCAAAUGGAGGGUGUGUCUACAGCCAGUACUGGGUGUGCUGCUGCUGUACAAGUGCCCCAAGCCAGCUGACUCCACCAGUGUAUUAUCUAGUCCAGGUUGCAUUGCUGUGUAUGACUUGUAUGUAUGUCUUUGCCAAUAAAUAAAUUUGUGACUACUAUUAUAUAUGUGAAAUAAAUAUAUAGUUUGCUAACAAUGUGCUGGUAUAGUGUAAAAUAAAUAUUUGGUGGUAACAAUUCAUGCCCUCAAGGUAAUAAAAAAAAAGUGCCAGGAUUGGCCCAAGGCCCAAAAAUAAAGUUUAAGGUAUGAUUUGCACAGAAGCCCCAUCCCAACGACACCAGUUGCUGGGACAGGGCUUCUAUGCGUUUUUUUUUGAGGGCAUGACCUGUACUCUGCCUGAAACUUUAUUUACACAAGAUGGAAUACUGAAUGUUUAUUGUUUUACUGUGAAUGUUAAGUGAAUAAAUACACAACAGGAUAAUAAA